CAUUCAUUCAUUCAUUCAUUCAUUCAUUCAUUCAUUCUCUUUUUGUUAAACUGUUAUUUCAUUUCAUUUUACACGAUUGACAGUUACUAUUUUUGUGUAUUAUUAAGAGGGGCAAUUGGCUAAACUUUUUUCUUUUUCUUUGCCUGUUUGUUUGUUGUCGUGUCUCUCAGCCGUACCGUUCUAUCCGUCAAGCCUCUUAGCUUUUUGAACCAUCUCCAUUUACAUAUUUAUAGUUUUUAUACUAAAGUACACGACUCACCUUUUCUAUUGACUUGGCCACGACCUUGUCUUUGUUUCUCCAUUUCACACGACCUCGACCUCAACUUCUUUUUUGCAAAACUGAUGUGGUAUCAACCAAUUUGUAAACAAUCAAGAAAGGUCUAUACCAAACAAAUCCAAAUUUAACCAGAUUCAGUUCAUAUAGAAGUUCAAGUUACUUCUACCACAACAACAUCAUACUAAGGGGAUCAUGUCACCUAUAUCAACCAAUCAACCAUUGUCAUCCAUCACAUCUUCCACCGCCACCGCCACCUCCUCUUCCUCAUCAAUAAUCAAUCCAUCAUCUUCAUACCAACUAAAACGAAUUGAAUCGCGCUUAGAAUUGUUAACUCAAUCAUUAUCAAAAUCAUCGUUGAAAUUAUCAUCAUCAUCAUUAUCUACAUCAUCUACAUCAUAUAAUCAUCUGAAUCAUAGUAGGAAUCCAUUGUCUAAGAUUCAUCUCAAUAACUCAAACUCAGAUAUAUCAUCUUCAAAAGUAUCUAAACCUACCAUACCUAAUCGUCAUUAUACCAAUCAUAAUCACAACCAUAUCCAUCAUGGUAUAACUAAAUUAAAAGAUACCAUAUCACCUAAAUCUAAUACUACAAUCUCAUCGACAUCAUCUUCAACUUCUAAUUCAACCACCUCCCCUCCUAAUAAUACUUCCAAUUUCCCAAAUUGUAAAUUUUCCCUUCAAGAUUUUGAAUUAGGUAGAAUUCUAGGUAAAGGUAAAUUAGGUAAAGUUUAUUGUGCAAAACAUUUAAAAUCAGGUUAUAUAGUUGCUUUAAAAGUUAUGUCAAAACAAGACCUUAUUGAAUUAAAAUUAGAAAAAAAUUUAAGAAGAGAAAUUGAAAUUCAAUCUCAAUUAAUUCAUCCUCAUAUAUCAAAAUUAUAUGGAUAUUUCUUUGAUCAUAAAAAUAUUUAUUUAAUUUUAGAAUAUAGUAUUGGUGGUGAAUUAUAUAAUCAUUUAAAAUUAAUUAAAAAAUUUGAUAAUAUUAAAAGUUCUUAUUAUAUUUAUCAAUUAUCAUUAGCAUUAAAUUAUUUACAUUCAAAACAUAUUAUUCAUAGAGAUAUUAAACCUGAAAAUAUUUUAUUAUCGGAUAAUAAUAUUAUAAAAUUAAGUGAUUUUGGUUGGUCAGUUAUAACUUCAAAUCAAAAAUCAAAAAGAUUAACUAUAUGUGGUACAUUAGAUUAUCUUUCACCUGAAAUGAUUGAAAGUUCUCAACAUGAUUAUAAAGUUGAUAUUUGGUCAUUAGGAAUAUUAAUUUAUGAAUUUUUAAUUGGUAAACCUCCAUUUGAAGAAAUUGAUAAAAAUGCAACUUAUAAAAGAAUUGUUAAAAUUGAUUUAAAUUUCCCUGAUUAUAUUGAUCUCGACGCUAAACAUUUAAUUAUAAAUUUAUUACAAAAGAAUCCAAAAUUAAGAUAUAAUUUAAAUCAAGUUUUAAAUCAUCCUUGGAUUUUAAAACAUAAACCAUAUUGGCCGGUAUGAAACAAAAAAAAAAGUAUAAAAUGAUACCCCAAAAAUAUAUAUAAUAUUAUAUAAAU